GUACCAACCCCCAGAAAGAAGGCGGUGAUAUACUUUGACACGCUGCAUGAUUGUAAACUUUGCAUUUGACUCUGUUGAGCUUCGGUUUGCUUCUUUCCCCUCCACACGCGUGACACCCCCGAUUCUGUUAUGGAACAGCAAAACCUGUCCGUGGUGCUGCACUCCCAGGGAGACCUCAGACUGGAAAAGCGCCCUGUGCCGGAGCCAGGUCCCAAUGAGGUUUUGCUCCAGAUGCACUCGGUUGGCAUCUGCGGUUCCGACGUCCACUACUGGCAGCACGGCCGCAUCGGGGACUUUGUGUUGACAAAGCCAAUGGUGUUGGGGCAUGAAGCGGCUGGACGGGUGGUCAAAGUUGGCUCGGCGGUCAAACACCUUCAAAUUGGCGACCGAGUCGCCGUUGAGCCAGGGGUUCCCCGAGAGAUGGAUGAGUUUUUCAAAAAUGGGCGCUACAAUUUAUCUCCAUCUAUCUUCUUCUGUGCCACGCCGCCUGAUGAUGGCAACUUGUGCAGAUACUACACACACAGUGCAAACUUCUGCUUCAAGUUGCCCGAUAAUGUGACAUUUGAGGAGGGUGCACUGAUCGAACCUUUGUCGGUGGGAAUCCACGCCUGUCGCAGGGCCGGUGUGGCCCUCGGCAGCACUGUGCUAAUAUGUGGUGCAGGGCCGAUUGGGUUGGUCUGUCUGCUUGUGGCCAAGGCAAUGGGAGCUUCGCAAGUUGUCAUCACAGACCUGUUCCCUGAGCGUUUGGCCAUGGCCAAGAACUUGGGUGCAGACUUCCAGCUGACUGUGAAGCGAGAGGACGGACCUCAGCAGUUAGCCAAAAAGGUGGAGGACCUACUGGGAGCUCAGCCUCACAUCACGAUUGAAUGCAGUGGUGUUGAGAGCAGCAUCCAAACCGCCAUCUAUGCGACCCGCUCCGGAGGCGUGGUGGUGUUGGUGGGUCUCGGAUCAGAAACGGUCACCAUUCCUCUACUCAACGCAGCCAUCAGAGAAGUUGACAUCAGAGGCGUCUUCCGCUACUGUAACACUUGGCCCAUGGCUAUCGCCAUGUUGGCAUCAGGAAAAGUGAAUGUGAAGCCUCUGGUGACUCACCGCUUCCCCCUGGAGCAGGCGGUUCAGGCAUUUGAGACCACGCGUCAGGGUCUUGGGAUAAAGGUCAUGUUAAAGUGUGACCAGAAUGACCAAAAUCCCUAAACUGCAGUGAAACUGACUGACUACGUUUAUAUGCAGUCAAUGAAAACCCAAGUAAGGCCGCUGGGUUACUUCUUUUCUAAUUUAGAUAUUUGGACAUAGGAAUAUCAAAAACGUUUUUUUCCGAAUAUUUCAGAAACCGGGAUUUUGACUGAGUUUGACAUGACGGCAUGUAAACGUAGUGACUGAUUAUCAAACACAUCAGAAUAUGAAAGUUAAAGCAUCAUAUUAUGAUAAGACCAAUAUUAGAAAUGAUGCAAAUUGAUUUUACUCCUGAUUUUAAACUGUUUACACUUUUAAAACUACUGUAUGUACUGUAAAUGUAUUGUUUGUUACAUGCUCGUAUGGUACGACUUCACAUGCGUUUCUUAAAUACAGCCACAGGGGGGAACUAGAGCAUCAACUUUGAAACUUGUGGGUGACGUUCAUCCUAAAAAAAA